AUGGAGAACUUCUCGGCGCUGUUCGGCGGGGCCGAGCCACCGCCCACUGCCGCGGCCGCCGCCCUGAGCUUUGGGCCUACCAAGGCGCCGGGCGCCGGGACUGCGCCCCUCCCCGCCACCGCCGCGCCGCCGCCGGGCGAGGACGCGGCCCGCAAGGCUACCGCUGGCCCCUUCUACCUGCUGCGGGAGCUACCAGGUACCACGGAGCUGACGGGCAGCACCAACCUGAUCACGCACUACAACCUGGAGCAUGCCUACAACAAGUUUUGCGGCAAGAAGGUGAAGGAGAAGCUCAGCAACUUCCUACCCGACCUGCCUGGCAUGAUCGACCUGCCCGGCUCCCAUGACAACAGCAGCCUGCGCUCCCUCAUCGAGAAGCCCCCCAUCUGCAGCAGCUCCUUUACUCCUCUUACCGGCACCAUGCUGACUGGCUUCCGCCUCCACGCCGGCCCGCUUCCUGAGCAGUGCCGGCUGAUGCACAUCCAGCCGCCCAAGAAGAAGAACAAGCACAAGCACAAGCAGAGCCGAACCCAGGAUCCUGUUCCCCCAGAAACCCCCUCAGACUCCGACCACAAGAAGAAAAAGAAGAAAAAAGAGGAGGAUCCAGAAAGGAAAAGGAAGAAGAAAGAGAAAAAGAAAAAGAAGAACCGGCACAGCCCAGAGCACCCAGGAGUAGGCAGCUCCCAGGCCAGCAGCAGCAGCAGCUUGCGGUGAGGCCGUGCCAGUGUCAC